GGAUCAGCUCCUCUCUGCCGAUGGAUCCUCGCCUCUCCGACAAGGCCGCCACCAGAUCCCCUCCUCUCCAAUAGCAACGCCUCUGGAUCCACUCGUCCUCGACAACGAUGGCACCGAGGAGCACCAGGAGCUUCGGAUCUGCUCGCCAGAAGAAGGCUGUGAAGAUCUUCCCCCGCCCUACCUCUGGACCUCUUCGCCCCAUCGUGCAAUGCCAGACCCGCAAGUACAACAUGAAGGCCAGGGCUGGCAGGGGCUUUACCCUUGAGGAGCUUAAGGUGAUUAUCAUUCCUUUGCUCUAUUUCCUUGUCUCUGAAGAGCCUAUCCAUGAUGCAACAUCAUCUGAUCCCAUAAUUGGUUUAUAACUG